AGCAGGACACGCCGCUACAAGAAAUGAUGAAACUACUGUUUGAAAAUAAAACGCUUAUUUAAACAGACCUUAAGCGUGGAUUGUGGACGAUUUCCAAAUUAGGAGAUUACAAUACAGUAACUAGAAGGGAAGUGAAUCAAUUACCACUGCAAAAUGGGGAGCAAGGAGAGAUACCACUGGCAGAGCCACAAUGUCAAACAGAGCGGAGUGGAUGACAUGGUUCUUCUCUCUAAAAUCACAGAGGAGGCUAUCGUGGAAAAUCUUAAGAAACGCUACUUGGAUGACUACAUUUUUACAUACAUCGGUACAGUGCUCAUCUCAGUGAACCCCUUCAAACAGAUGCCUUACUUCACAGACAGAGAAGUUGAAAUUUAUCAAGGAGCUGCUCAGUAUGAAAAUCCACCUCAUAUUUAUGCUCUCACGGACAGUAUGUACAGGAAUAUGUUGAUUGAUGCAGAGAACCAGUGCGUUAUAAUCAGUGGUGAAAGUGGAGCCGGAAAAACUGUAGCAGCAAAAUAUAUUAUGGGCUACAUCUCCAAAGUGUCAGGAGGAGGAUCAAAGGUCCAGCAUGUAAAAGAUAUCAUCCUACAGUCAAACCCUUUGCUUGAAGCUUUUGGAAAUGCCAAGACUGUACGAAACAAUAAUUCCAGUCGAUUUGGAAAGUAUGUAGAAAUUCAGUUCAGCCGUGGCGGAGAACCAGAUGGAGGUAAAAUCUCUAACUUUCUCUUGGAGAAAUCCCGAGUUGUCAGCCAGAAUGAGAAUGAGAGGAACUUCCACAUUUACUACCAGCUGCUCGAAGGGGCUUCAGCAGAGCAGACUGACAAUCUAGGCAUCGCUGAUCCUACUUAUUAUUUCUACUUAAACCAGUCAGGCACCUACAAGGUGGAUGGGACGGAUGACAAAAAAGAAUUCAAUGAAACAAUGAAUGCCAUGCAAGUCAUAGGUAUAUCAGCAGAAAUUCAGAUGACGGUACUUCAAAUUAUUGCUGGAAUUCUGCAUCUUGGAAACAUAAAUUUUGUUGAAGUAGGGAAUUAUGCAGAAGUGGAAAAUGAGGCUCACUUGGCCUUUCCUGCGUUCUUGCUGGGAAUUGAUCAAAUGAAGUUGAGAGAAAAAGUGACCAGCCGAAAAAUGGAUAGCAAAUGGGGAGGCAAGACAGAAUCUAUCAAUAUGACCUUAAAUGUACAGCAGGCAGGAUACACCCGAGACGCACUAGCAAAAGCACUCUAUGCACGAUUAUUUGAUUAUUUAGUAGAUGCUGUUAACAAGGCUAUGCAGAAGCCUUAUGAGGAAUACAGUGUAGGAGUGCUGGAUAUUUAUGGCUUUGAGAUUUUUCAGAAAAAUGGGUUUGAACAGUUCUGCAUUAAUUUUGUAAAUGAGAAGCUUCAGCAGAUUUUCAUUGAGUUAACUCUCAAAGCUGAGCAGGAAGAGUAUGUACAAGAGGGGAUUAAAUGGACCCCCAUUGAAUAUUUCAACAACAAAAUUGUCUGCGAUCUUAUAGAAAACAAAGUUAAUCCACCUGGAAUUAUGAGUGUCCUGGAUGAUGUCUGUGCCACUAUGCAUGCCACAGGAGAAGGGGCAGAUUCAACCCUGUUACAGAAACUCCAGGCUGCAGUAGGAUGUCAUGACCAUUUUAACAGCUGGAACCAAGGAUUUAUAAUACAUCACUACGCUGGAAAGGUAUCCUAUGAUGUAAAUGGAUUUUGUGAGCGCAACAGAGACGUCCUCUUCACCGAUUUGAUAGAGCUAAUGCAAACCAGUGAAUACCAGUUCAUUAAAAUGCUGUUUCCAGAAAAUCUACAAAAUGAGAAGAAAGGUAGGCCGACUACAGCAAGCAUGAAGAUUAAGAAACAAGCAAAUGAUCUGGUAAGCAGGUUAAUGAAGUGUACUCCGCACUACAUUCGCUGCAUAAAACCAAAUGAGACAAAGAGACCCAAAGACUGGGAGGAAAGCAGAGCGAAGCAUCAAGUUGAGUAUCUGGGACUGAAAGAAAAUAUCCGAGUCCGACGAGCAGGGUUUGCUUACAGGAGAGCCUUCCCAAAAUUCCUACAAAGGUACGCUAUCCUUACACCAGAGACCUGGCCAUAUUGGCGUGGCGAUGAACGCCAAGGGGCUCAUCAUCUGCUUCGUUCUGUCAACAUGGAUGCUGACCAGUACCAGAUGGGGAAAAGCAAAGUAUUUAUAAAGAAUCCCGAAUCGCUCUUCCUUUUGGAAGAAAUGAGAGAACGAAAGUUUGAUAAAUUUGCAAGAACCAUUCAAAAAGCAUGGAGGAAGUACAUUGCACGAAGAAAGUAUGAACAGAUGAGAGAAGAAGCCUCCAGCAUACUUUACAACUUCAAAGAGAGAAGAAGGAACAGUAUUAACCGAAACUUUGUUGGUGACUAUCUUGGCAUAGAAGACCGGCCAGAGCUACGACAGUUUCUUGGGAAGCGGGAGAGGAUAGAUUUUGCAGACUCUAUCACUAAGUUUGACAGAAGAUUUAAGGGUAUAAAGCGUGAUCUUAUACUAUCCUCAAAGCACAUUUAUCUAAUUGGUCGAGAAAAGAUUAAAAAGGGGCCUGAAAAGGGUCAAAUCAAGGAGAUCCUAAAAAGAAAGAUUGAAAUUCAGAGCAUUACUGCUAUUUCUAUGAGCACCAGGCAAGAUGAUUUUGUGGUCCUGCACGAGUCAGAGUACGACAGUCUCCUGGAGUCCGUUUUUAAGACCGAAUUUAUUAGUCUUCUGUGCAAACGAACUGAAGAGUUAACACAUCAGAAAUUAAGGCUCAAUUUCAGUGACUCCAUACAAUUCAAAAUCAAAAAGGAAGGAUGGGGAGGAGGUGGCACUCGAAAUCUGGUCUUCAGCAGAGGCCAGGGGGAGAUGAUUGUGCUUAAACCUGCAGGAAAGACACUUAACAUUAGUAUUGGAGAUGGUUUACCCAAGAAUUCAAAGCCAACAAGAAAAGGUGUUGUAAACAGCAGUGGGUUUAAAAAACAUCAUCCAAGUAGAUCUGCCCCACCACCGCCAUCAGGGCAAUGUCGGAAUGGUGCACCAAGGUUCCCACGGAAUCAUCAAAUGAAACAGGAACAAACCUAUUCCAGACCCAUGAAAGGCCCAAAAUUGUCUGCAGUCAAUUCUGAGAUGCCUUCAUUGCCAAAACAAGGUGCAACCACUAAAGCAAGAAGAACAACAGACAUCGCUGCUAAUAUGGAGUUCAUGAAAGUGCCUGAUCAAGGAGUUGCAGGAAUGCAGAGAAGAAGAAGCGUAUCUCAAAGACCUCUGCCUGACCGCCCAAAACCACAGACAUCCCAGCAUCCCAGGUGUCGGGCAAUUUAUCAAUACACAGGUCAGGAUGUAGACGAAAUCAGCUUCAACGUCAAUGACGUCAUUGAAAUCCUUCUUGAAGAUCCAUCAGGAUGGUGGAAGGGUCGUUUACGUGGAAAAGAUGGGCUUUUUCCAGGAAACUAUGUGGAGAAGAUAUGAAGUACUUUGGACUCGGUUCCGAAUUUUACCAUGUUGAAAAUUAGAAGUACAGAAAUAUCGAUCAGCUAAUGGACAAUCUGUGCAUCAGAGUGAUCAUCUUAAAGGGGACUUUUAUUCAGGAACAGCUUCAUUCUCAAUCUGCAUUUAUAGGAAGGAACAUAGGAACAAUACUAGGCCAUUCAGCCCCUCAAACUUGUUCCACCAUUCAAUUAGAUCAUGACUAAUCUGUAUUUUAACUUAAUCUACCUGCCAUUAUAAUAAUAAAGCUGCUUAUAGAAUCAGUUUAAGCUGGGGUUUUAUGGUCACCAUUUAUAACCAGUAACUAAAUCAUUGCUGGAUUAAGUGAUCAAAAACCUUUUUUAAAUGAAACUA